AUGAAAAUUCUUCUUUGGUCGACAAUCAUUUCUGGAUUGCUCACUGCAAAACAAUCGUACGGUAAAACAAUCGUACGAGUAGAAAGUGGUCGUCAACUGAUUCACGUCGAAGACAGGGAGCCUUUCUUGGGCAGUUACAUUCAAUUAAUUUUUGCAAGAGUGCAUUGUAUCACCUCAUUAACUGUUGACAGCAUAACACCCUUAACUGGCGCUGAAGAAAUAGAAUUGAUUUACAAAAUUUGUGAAAACGAUUCAGUCUGGUAUUUAACACAUUACAGUAGUAGCGGCGGCAACUUCACGCUUCACUCUCCCACUUAUGCAACAGUUUUUGCAAUAGUAACACAUAAGUCUCUCAAUAUUGUUGACGUUGACGCACGACCAUGUGGACAUACCGUACUGAAAAGAACUAAUAUGAUAAACUUAAGGAAAAUUUACAAAAAUUGUAUAUCUGUGAACGGAAGAAUAUCGCACAAACACAGAAAACAUCACAAUGAACGAUUUUUGGUUCUGGAGAGAAAUGUGAGGCUGAAACGAAGUACCAAUCUCGAGAAAGUCCUUGAAUUCACAGCAGAAAAUUCACCUUAUCGUAUUUCGGAAAACAUUACUGUCCAUGCUGAACAAGUCCUCAAAAUACAUGCUGGAACAGAUAUAAUUUUUUCUCAAAAUGCUGGCAUCAUUGCGAUCGGUGUUUUGCAAAUGGUUGGCACCAAAUAUAACCCAAUCAUAUUACAUGCAACGAAUGGUACUUGGAAUGGUUUAUGUAUUACUUUUGCUAAUGCAGAGAUAGCGGAGCAAUCACGGCUUAUUUACUUGAAUGUUUCUGGAAGCAAGCUUGGAAUUCGGAUCGAAUCACCUCUGCUUCCACAGAUAGAAAAUAUUGUUAUUGAUAAUAAUGAUAACGGACUUACAAUCUUAACUCGCAAUAAUGGCAAUAAUUUUAAUGGAAAAAUAUUCAACUAUACAUUGAAAAGAGUCACAGCUAUAAAUAACCGUGAGAAUGGCGUAUCCGUACAUAUUGGGGCACAACAAUCAGGUUACUUAGUCGUAGAAGAGGUAGUCUCCAUGUCAAAUCAAAUCAAUGGGCUUUUACUGAAAGGAACCCUUCAUGUCAUCGUUAUAUCAAGUCAAUUUUUUUCUAAUAACAAAGAUGGUAUCUCAACAUAUUUGGCAAAUGGGUCAACAUUGGAAGUGCACAAUUCAAGUUUUGGUUCUAAUGGCCAGAAUGGUCUCAAAAUACAGAAUGGACAACAAAUUCAAAUCAGAUGUUUUUCCAGCAGUUUCAAGGCUCACAAUUCUGGGGAAGCUGUUCUGGUUAAAUUUGUUAGUGGUAGUGAUUUCCUGUUGGAUGGUUGCCGAUGGUGGAAUAACAAUGGCGGGGUCGUAUUUCGAGAUGUUACUGAUAGCAAUUUGUAUUUAUUGAAUGGAAACUGGAAAGGGAAUCAAGGCAUAUCUAUACUUGCUGAUAAAAUCAAAGGAAAAACGAAAAUUUCGAUUGGAAACAACAAUUUUCAACAAAACGUCUUCCGGAUUAAUACCACACUCAAUUCGGUGAUCAAAUUGGGAAUGAGUGAAAAUGACGAAGAAGCUCGCAUCCGAAUACAUGAUAACCGGUUCUUCCGGAACGCUAUGGAAAUCAUUUUAUUAAUUGGCCGAAGUGAACCGAGUAACAUGCCAACAAAUGCCAAAAUCGUAAUUGUAGACAAUUCAUUUGUAGAGAAUUUAGCUUUGAACACCAUGUAUUUGACGACAAAUCGUGUCAACAUCUCCUAUAAUAUUUUCGAUAAUUCUGAGGCUCGAUGCGAGCUACAUUUUGGAUUGAAAGUAGACUUAAUGUCCAUCAAUACCACCAAUAAUUAUUGGGGCAUAACUAAUCAAGAAAAGGUGAUGAGUCGAAUAUGUGACGGAAGAGACAAAUCAGUGAUCCCAGUAGUUGCAACGCCAUUCCUGAGUGUUGCAUCCGAAAAAUUACCAUCAUUUAUCACCGAGCGACCAGGAAGUUUUUCGUUGAAAGUAUUUACCACAUCGCUGAUAAUAGGAAAAGAUGAAACUGCAGUUUUUCAUGAAGGAUCUAUGUUGCAUUUCAAACCGAAUUAUGGAAUCAUUGUUUUUGGUGUUCUACACUUGCUAGGCCAACGAGAUAAUCCAAUUUUAUUAAAAAGUUCUGGCCGUACACCAUGGCUUGGAAUUAUUCUCAAUCAAGGCGGUAUUAUCCAUGCAAACCAUUGCAUUCUGGAAAACGCAGUGAUUGGGUUAAACGUUAGUUCGUCAAAUAUAUCAAUUGAAAAUGUGCAAAUCAUACGACCGACCUUUACUGGUGUUUUGAUUACAACGGUAUACAAUGGCACCCUUGAUAUGGGUGAAUCAGUUAUCUUGCAAUCGCGCAAGAAUGGUAUUCAAAUUCUGAAACGUCAGAUACAUGAUGCUAUUUUUAUCAGAAAUGUUCAAAUAAUGGAUUGUGCAGAGGUGGGAAUAGACUUCGUGAAUCCGAUUGGCAAAAUAAUGCUAGAAAAUAUUGUGUUGGAAAAUAGUGGCUCUUUCGGGAUUGUUAUUGCUCAGAGAGAAGAAGACGAAUUGGAUUCGAUUGUUAUGAGCAAUUUAACAGUCCGGAAGCAGAAAGGUGGCGGUGGUAUCCUACUCAGUUUGAAAUCUUACUGUUUGCUUCAUCUAAAUACUUCAAAUUUCGUUUCGAACAUGCUUCCAUCCGUUACCAUAUUUUCAAAGUGUCCGUUAGCAGCUAAAUUUGAAGAACGGAAGAUACCGAAAAUGUUUAUUGAAAGGAAUCGCUUCUUGAGGAAUGACAAUUUCGCAAUGCGUAUAACAUUGGAAGGUUGUGAGGAUGCAAAAAUACACCGAAAUACUUUCAUUAGAAACAAUGAAGCUGGACAAAAAGGGGCGUUGACUAUCCACGAGGAUAUACAGCCUGGUUCAGCCAUUGAUAUUACACAAAAUUUAUUCGUGGAAAAUAAAGGAGAAUGGUCAUUAUUUGCUUCGGCAACAAAUAUGAACCGAUUCAAUGGUACUAUUAGCAACAAUCAUUUCAACGAGAAUCAAAAUCGUGAUUCGUUAGUCAUUACCAGUCCUCACUUUCACGUGAGUAAUAACGAAUUCGAUCAAUUUGACGUAGAUAUCAAGUAUGCACAAGAAGAAGUGAGUUAUAAUAUUGAUAUUGAAAAUGCAAUUGAUUUCAUAUCAUCUGUAUCAUUAAGAAUUUGA